UAUUUUAUGGGAAGCAUUGGCACAUCACCAUCAGUUAUGGUGACAAUUUUCAUGUCUCUAACUCAGCCAACAGUAACUUGAGAAAAGGCAUAAUUUAUCAUAUAAUGCUAAAUAGGCCACGUCCACAUGCACCAAUCAAUAUGACACUUUAGACCCUGGUUAUUACUCGCCCCCAGACUAUGUGUACCAAUUUUGGGGAAAUUCCAUCCACCAGGUUUUGCGGUACUUGUGGUGUUUUUGGUGCCCCCUAUGGUUAAACCCUAAAUCAUUGCCUAGGCAUGAACAUAUGUUACAAUUUUUAUGAUUGCACAAACCGUUACUGCGUUAUGGCCAAUUUCCUACUAAGCAAAUUUCUUUAAUUGAUGGCGGCCAUGUUUUUCUUUUACCACUCUUGCUCUUUUAUAGUAGAAAUGUGUAUCUCAGUCCUGCAAGGCUGCAAACCAAUUUCGGUGUUGAUAAAAUCAAAAUUGUUCUAUUAAUUUUACAGUUUUUCACAUUAUGCAAAUUAACAAACAAUCCAUCAUGUUGGACCUUUAAGGUCCGGAGGCUUUUUUGUAGAGCACAUUUAGCUGCAUUCGUGUGAGGAAUUUCAAGUCAAUCUGAUUUAUGAAAAAUUGCGUUUUUAACCCUUGAAUAUGCCGUGUGGCCAAUUGGGUUUGUAUUUUUUGGGAACCUUAUGCACAUCAUUUCCAGGCAUUCGGCCAAGUUUCUUGUUUCUAGCUCAUUCCAGCUCAUGGCAAUUUGCGCCACGGCGGAAGACAACAAAUAAUAAUUAAUCUGAGCAAAAACAAUAGGGUUCUACCCCUUCGGGGUUUGAACCCUAAUGACUUAACAGAAGUAAGCGUGACAGGGCCUAUAUGUGUUUUAUGACUUUCAAGGGACUACUAGGACCUGCAAGGUCAGGUUUAUGUGACCGACAGCGGUAGCCAAGUUUCUAUUACUAACUAUUGCCAACAACCUGCAUGUUUACUGAACUUUUACUACCUGCUGACCACUGUUGGCUGUGAGAGUGAGUUUUACUUUGUUAUCUUCGAAACCACAGUGGCUUGGUUUUCAUUUGAAAAAUAUAACAACAUAGUGGGAAUAAAGUAUUGUCUUUUCACUGCAAUGACAUUGAGCUGUGCCCUUUUCCUUUGGAUGAAACACAGAAUUUAAGGAGAAGGAAGUGUAGUACAGAAGAUGGAAAGUAACUUCCCUUAUUAUUACCGUCUAAUAGUACAUGUAAGUUGGCAAGGCUAUAAGGAAAAUCUGCUUAUUGAUGCUUUUGGCUGUCCUUGGCUGUUUUUAAAGAAAAUUCAAAAACUGUUUUUGGAAGUUUGAAUGAAACUAUUCUGUUUAGUUUCAACUGAGAGCUAUGUUCCUGAUGUGUGUUUCAUCCAGUCUCUGAGUUCCUGGGCUGUCCUGCAUUUUUUUGUCAUAUUGCUCUGUGAUCAGCAGCACAUGUUUUCACUUGCAGACCACAUUUUUUUCCACUGGGGAGGAAACCGGAGGGCAGUUCCUGACUGUGACUGCUCACUGGUGCCCAGACUGCUAACACAGACUCAAAGUUGUACGCAAAAAGAGGUACUUCUCUUUCCAGUCUUGAAUAAAGUAGAUUUUAUGUUUUGGACUGGAUUUUUCCUGAGAUGUUAUUGCACUGGAUGAUGUAAUUGGAUUACAAAGGCUGACUCACAAGCCCCGCCUCAGGACACUGCCAGAGCGUGAGUUUGCAUGACUGCAUUCCAUUGUUACCGUUUUAAAUCAAGCGCCUGACAUUGCUAAAACCAAAUUCACAGCUCUUCAGUGUUAUUCUCAGUGAAGACUCGACAUCCCAACAUGGCUGCACUCAUCACAGAGAACUUUAAGUUUGUGUCACUCUUCUUCAAGAGCAAAGAUGUGAUGAUCUUUAAUGGUCUGAUCGCUCUGGGAACUGUGGCCAGCCAGACUGCAUACAAUGUUUUUGCUUUUGAAUGCCCAUGUUCCUCUGGGAGGAACUACCGCUAUGGCCUGGCUGCCAUUGGUGUUCCAGCGCUGGUAUUUUUCCUCGUAGGAAUAAUGAUGAACAGGAGCACCUGGGACCUGGUGUCCGAGUGUCGGCUCAGAAAGUGCUGGAAAUUGUCGGGAGCCGCAGCCUUUGCAGUGCUGGGAACAAUCACCGGUCGAGGUGUGGUGGCUCCACUAACCUGGUCAGUUAUCUCUUUGCUGCAGGGCCAGGCCUACACGUGUGCCCUCAGUGAGUUUGUUGACCCCAGUACACUGGAGGGCUUUCCCUCAGAUCAGGGGCCAGAGGUAAUGGCGAAAUUCCCGUGUCGAGAAAGCGUUCCAACAGAGCUGCGAGACUUCUGGGAUGAAAUUAACCGAAGACUGAAAUAUGAAUCUCAGCUGAUAGGCUGGCUGCUGGUGGCAGGAAUGUGUCUGACGGUGUUCCUGAUGCUGUGUAUGAAGCGCUGCUCAUCUCCACUUGGCUACCUGCAGGAGGACUAUUGGUCCCAGUACCGCUCUAACGAAAAUGCCCUCUUCCAACACACGGCAGCUGUCCAUGCCCGCCUCCUGGCUGCAGAGAAUGUUAAGAGCUUCUUUGGCUUUGUGGCAGGCACUGAGGAAGAUAAAGAGCAACUGGCUGAGCACCACAAUGCUAGUCCUAUCUGCAGCACUAACUGGAACAGAGUGACUGGUGUCUACCUCUACAGGGAGAAGCAUGGACUGCCUCUGUACAGCAGGCUCAAUAAAUGGUCCACAUACAGCCUGGAGAAUGACGUGGAGGCCAUGGAGAAAGAGAUGGACAUGCUCAGCUGACAGUAUUCUUCUGGAAGAUGAUCCAAUGACUGCAACCAUAAUGCUUCAGUUCAGUGUGCUUCAAACAGAGUGCUUGUUCAAUCAUCAAAUAGUCGGCAAUACAACCCCCUCCCUCCACUCCUUUACUAUUUCAGAACCUUCUCUUUUACAAUUUUAGUAAAAAUCUUACAAUCACGAACACUAUUUCCGUCUUCAGACUCAUACUACUUACUCAUACUUCAUAAGACCCAGUUUGAAGCAUACUGAACCCUUUAUUUAUCAAUACAAAAGCAGCAAAAGAAAGGUCAAGCAGCACAGAACUAGAGUCUAGUGGAAGAGCAAAUAAAGGACAACAGGUUGUAAUUGAUGUGUUAGCAGGAGCUUACCAUCAGUAGUUAAAGGUGCACUAAGCGACAUGACGCAUUUUUUUAGGCUACAACAUUUUUUGUCACAUACAGCAAACA